AUGGUUGGCCGAUGGCUUACGAUAUUGGUGUUGGCGGGCGUGGCGCCAACGAAUUUCACCAGAAUCAGCAGCGAUUGUGAGCACGGCGAUUUUCUCAAGUGCUCAUUUCCCGAUGAUUGUAAGCUUGGCGACACGAUUUCGGUGACGUGCACAUCGGUGCGAGACACGUGUCAGCCGGGUGUCACCCUCAAAAAGGAGGCGUUCUGCGGAUUCUGCUGGCAGACGCCCGACGCCGACCACGACUGCGUGCCGGUGACGAAUUGCUCGACGAGCAGCGCGAAAUUGCACAAAACGCGUUGCACGGUGAGCAUGGUUUUAAAAAAAUCUUCUUUGAUAAUUCGAGUUCAUCCAACGGUGAUAUGCGUCGGUCAGCGAACGUUCUUCAAAAAAGUGCGCUGCAAUUGGAGCUCGGGUGUGAGCUGGACGCGAACGAUGGUCUACUCGGUGGUGCUCGGCGGCUUCGGCGCCGAUCGCUUCUAUCUCGGCCUCUGGAAAAGCGCCAUCGGCAAAUUGUUCAGUUUCGGCGGACUUGGCAUUUGGACAAUUAUUGACGUUGUGCUCAUCGCUGUGGGAUACCUCAAACCCGCCGAUGGCUCAUUGUACAUUUGA